GAGCGCCGAACGGCGACGGUGUGCAUUUUUAAGUUUUUUCCUACACCACAACGAUGUCGACAUUCCUUUUAAAUAAAGGAAAAUGUUUUCAAUUUAAAAACUCGGUAGUAGCUGAUAUACAGUUCCAGAUAUGCAAUUUUUCAAGUAUAGGCUAUACCUUCACAGAGAGUGAAAUUAAAGGUUUAGUGGAUCCAUACAUGUUUGGUCAAACAAGUGCUCAGGACGCGCCUGUACCGAACGUGAUCGGAAUGCUACUCGACGCGAUGAGAGAGGAAGAUGAUCCAAUAACAAUUGAUGAUUUUGGAACAAUAAUUGAUGGUGUGAAGAUGAGGUCUAAUCGGUUUGCUCGUGACUUAUCAUUACUUUUACGGGAUAAAACGGCAGUAGCGUACAAAAUGUUCAAUAUGAAAGAAGGAGAAGAACUCAAAUUUAACGCGAACGAAGUGGAGUACAUCGCCACUUCAAUUUUGUAUCCAUAAUACUACUAUGAUUCUAC